UUUCGUCAUGCGAGGAGGCAAUGAGAAAUGCCAGUUUAAAGGACGGGAUGUACUUGAUCAGCACCAACACUUUAAUGGGAUACAGCAAAGUUUUUUGUAUGCGUAAAAUAACGGGUAGCUCGGGAGAAGGCUGGACACUAGUCUUGAAAAUUGAUGGAACAAAGAAAACGUUCCGAUAUAAUUCACCGCUUUGGAGCAACAAGGAGAGUUAUAUGAUUGAAAAUGGUGAAACUGGAUUAGGUCAAAAUGAAACAAAACUUCCUACUUACUGGAGCACUAAAAUAAAGAAGAUGUGUGUUGGAAUGAAAGUAAACAGUAAAAUAAAAUUCAUAGGUUUUGAAAUGCAAGCUAAGUCCUUAUACGACCUCAUUGCUGACGGAAAAUAUAGGAAAACCACUUUGAGCCGUAGCCAAUGGUUGAAAUUAGUUGAAAGCAGCUCCCUUCAACAAUACUGUGAUAGAGAAGGCUUUAACGUCGUUGGAGAAAGUGGUGGACACGCUCGUGUAAAGCUUGGCAUUUUGGGAAAUGAACAAAACGACUGUAUUACACCUGACUCUUUCAUUGGCUUUGGUGGUUCUUAUGAAUGUAAAUCUUGCGGUGCAAACAGCUGUGGUAAUUUUGCUACUUGGAGUAGCAAUGACAAACAAGUUAGAGCUAUGGGAUAUAUUUUUGUUAUUUAGUACCUGUAAUACAGGCAACGCUUGACGUUUUAAUUGUCUCAUGCUCCUCAUGGAAAUACAAAACUAAGCCAAAUUGUAAAAGUUAUUCUUCAUUAAAAUAAGAACAAUUCUUAAGCUUAA